AUGCCGCCAAAAGCACCUGGACGUGGUGCUCCAGCAUCAAGAAGACCAGGUGUCGCUUCAACACGCGACGACGAACCAGGACCGGAACCCGCAAAUUCCUCUACUGCGCCAGCAGCAACGUCGCCUUCUACACGCCCGCAGGUCCAGCGUCUACAGUCAUUGAAUAGGCGUACGCCCGGAGGGAGUAUAGGACCUAGAGGAUCAGGGCUGGGGCAGCAGCCAAAGCCAGUGCUAAAAUUUCAACCACGCACAUCAGCUCGACGUGCCAAAGAAGAGCGAGAUGCGUUGCAGAAAUUGGAAGCAGAGAGGAACCGGCAAAGAUUAUCAGAAGCAGCAGCAAUUCAACGAGCGCAACUAGGAAGGGCUGCAAGAGCACGAGGCACAUUCCGUGGACGCGGGGGGACACAUGGAGGGUUUGGAGGAAGUAAACGAGGUGCUCGGUUUGACAGUGCUCGACCCAGUAUCUCACGCUACAAUACACCAACUGGUGGGCAGUCAUCUGCGGAUCACUCAUCGGAUGAGGAUGAGACGACUCUUAGCAUGAACAUAGAACACAUAAACCUUGACGACGAUGAUAGCGAAGAUGAAGUGGUGAAGGAUCGGAAGGGUAAAAAGGCCAUCAAGUCCAGGUCCCGAAGGAGCGGGCCACGACCUAUUCGCGUGGAGCGACAUAAACACGAGGAACGUGUUGUUAGUGUCAAUACCGAAGCUAGCUCUACUAUUUCGGCGGGAUUACGGAGUCAAGACCAGGAAGACGAGGAGUCAGACAAUGAGCUGUUCUUGAGCGAAGAGCCUGGAACCAAAGUCAAGCGGGAGCCCACGGACGGCGAUGUGUCCAUGGCAGAUUUGCCCCAUGCCCGCGCAGAAUUUGACGAGACACCUUUACCCCCGCAGACAGUGAAGGCUAGAAAGCAGGUUGCAAUUAGAGAUCCUCGAAGCCUGUUACAAACAAAAGAGGAAAUUGAUGAGUAUGAUCGGCAUCUUGAUGAUCUCGAAACCCUCAAGGAGAUUUUGACCCCCAGUGAACGAGUGCCUGUGAAGAAGGCAGCCGAGGCCACGGAAAAUGAUGAUACAGAACCUAAGCAAGCCGCAAAAGAGGAAAAAGAAGAAGAAGAAGAAGAAGAACAGCCUGAUAAGAAUGAUGGGCGCUUGUUCUUGAUUCAGUUCCCGCCAUUGACGCCUAAUUUAGUUGUCCCCGGCGUCGGAGAGCAAGGGGUGGUGGAUCUGGAAGAUGAAAUCGCCCAGGAUGUCGCCACAGGGGGAAACGCCGGCAUAGGAGAACCUGAAGUGAAGCGAGAAGCGGACGAAGAUGAACAAGAGGACAAGAAAAGAGUCACAUUAGAGCCUCCAGGGAAACUCCUGACUGCGACACAGCGGCAGAUUCCAGCCGGCCGGGUCGGAAAACUGCAUCUUCACAAGUCAGGCCGGGUGACUCUUGACUGGGGUGGGAUUUCCUUUGAGAUGGACAAGGGGGCGAGUGUGAACUUUGUCCAGGAGGCGUUGAUUGCAUCGACUCCAGCAACGGAUGAAGAUGGCGAGGAACGAUAUGUAUGGGCCAUGGGGCAACUCAGCGAGAAAUUCAUUGCUAGCCCAGAGUGGGACAAGCUCUUGUAG